UUCCAAUUGAAGGAGGCGCGCCAAACGUCUUCCAUUAUUGAACCUGCCCAUUCCUGCUCAAUGUCACACUCACCCAGGGAAAAUCCUCUUCGAGGUAAUUUUGUCCCAUCUUGAUUACGAGUGGUGACCACGGCGAAUAUGCCUUCAGCACUCCAACGCGAAGGCACGAUAUGAAAGAUUAAAGAAGGCUAUGCGCAGUCAACAACACACCAAGAAGGGACCAUCUUCUGUCGGAUUCAAGGGAUAAUGGAAGAAUCCCAUCAUGUGUCGCCCUCUUGAGACGCGUUUUUACAUACCUGGAGCCGAGGAAGCUACGCCAUAGGUGAUCGGCAACUGGGCUGCUGGUGCCUCCCCAGCCCAGCCAUUCGCGUAUCCAGCCAUGUUUCCGUGACUAACCAUUCAGAAUCCAGGCUUCGACCUCAAGCAAGAAACGAGUCAAAAAUAUCAUCGGCAGAUGCAAGAUGCCCUCCAUCAUGUACAAUUACAUCACCGGUCCCAAUCUCUACCAAGACGAGAUUGAAAAGCCGGCAAACAUGUAUGGACAUGAUGAACAACAUUGGUUCCUAAGAUGCCAGGGACACAUUUCUUCAAGAUGAAGGACCCUUAUAACUAGCCUUCACCCGCCUGUUAUACUCGGGAGUCUUCACAACAGUCUUCACAUUCCAUCACAUUGAAGAAGCGAGAGCACCAAGUCCGCGAGUCAAAACAAACCAUCAACCAUGGCUCCCCUACCACUCCCACGCAUACCCGCCUCAACGGCCGAGAAACUCCAAGACUUUGUCUUCAAACGGAUCGUACACCCAGCUCUCCAAGGAGUCGAAGCCAUCCACCCUACAAGAACCUUCAGCCCCAUCACCCGGCGGCAAGAUGCCCCGCCCACCGCCACGGUAACCUUCGUCCAAGUCGACAACGACAACGACAACGACCCUGAUGACGCGCAAACCCUCAGCGGCGGCGCCAUUGCCGGCAUCGUCAUCGGCUCCAUCGUCGGCUUGCUUCUUCUCAUCUGGAUUAUCCGCAGCUGCUUCAACCUGGGCGCUCCACCGACACACGGCAAGCGCAACAGCAAGGCUUGGUACGGUGACGUGAGGGAUGAAUACCCGCCCAGACACGUGGGCGGGGUGAGACACUCACGAUCGAGGUCGAGGCAUUCGCAUAGCCAUCAUCGGGGUCAUUCUAGGCACCGGAGCCAUUCGAGGAGGUCGUCUUCGAUGCGCGAGGUGCCGGUUGUGGUGGCCUACCCGACUCAUGUGUAUGAUGAUCGGAGGGGGAGGAGCAGUAGGAGGAGUCGGAGUCGCAGUGUUAGUGUUUCGAGGUAUUAAGGGGAAGAAUGGAAGCUGAUUGGGAGUAUGGGAAGGAGAAGCUCAAUUAGGAUGAUAGAGCAUUGCGCCAUGCGUAACGGAUUGACGAGGCAACGAAUUGAUGACUGAUUGAUACGAAC